AUGGAAGCCCAUCGCCAGAAGAUAGUGCCGCUGGCACAGAAGGUGGCCGAAUUUCACAGCCAGAAGCUGCCAUUCCGUAUCUACCAUGGUAGCACAAAUAGCACCAGAUCCACAACCUUCUCGGAUGCGACUUCAAUCGAUACUUCGACCCUGAACAAUGUAAUCUCGAUUGACACAGAAGAGCGUACUUGUGUGGUGGAAUCCAAUGUCCCCAUGGACCAGCUUGUUGCCUUCACAACACCAUAUCGAUUGGUACCGCCCGUGGUGCCCGAGUUUCCUGGUAUCACUGUCGGGGGCGCGUUCUCGGGAACUGGAGGCGAGUCGAGCUCCUUCCGGUAUGGCUUCUUCGAUCAAUGCGUCCUCUGGAUCGAGGCCAUUCAAGCAGAUGGUACUGUCGUCUCAGCAUCGCCGAAUGAGAACGCCGAUCUUUUCAACGGCUGUAGCGGGACAUUCGGCACGAUAGCUACUGUGACUCUGUUGAAAAUAAAGCUCCUGCCGGCUCGGGACUUCGUGGAGAUGACAUACCACCCAGUCGACUCCUUUCCUGAUGCGCAGGGUCUGAUGGCGGAGCUGUCAUCGCUCGAAGCGAUUGAUUUCGUUGAUGGAAUCAUGUUCUCGAAGUCACAGGGAGUGAUAGUCUCCGGCCGCAUGGUAAAUUUGGACGAGUACGAAUCCUCGGUCGCACCGCCUAUGGUGACAUUUUCGCAAAGAUGGGAUCAGUGGUUUUACCUUCACGCCGAGAACGCGAUGUCAAGGCAGUCCCUAUGCAAAUCACCUCACCGAGAGCUCGCUACACUUCCUGAAUACCUCUUCCGGUACGAUCGUGGCGCGUUCUGGACGGGCAAGUUCGUCUUCCAGUGGUUCGGCGUACCUUUCAACAGAAUGACACGGUACUUAUUGAAUUGGCUGAUGGACACCCGUACACUUUACCAUGGAUUGCACGCAAGUAAGUUGGGAGCUGCGUACAUCAUCCAGGAUUUCUCACUGCCCGACAGCAAGGCUGUUGAAUUUCUGGACUGGCUGGACGAAACGUACGAGUUCUACCCUCUCUGGCUGUGUCCUUUGAAGCAGAACGAUCGGAACAGCUUGAAUCCUCACGUACCGUGUUCGGAAACGCCCGGACGCUCAACAGGGGAGCAACUUCUCAACAUCGGAGUUUGGACAAAGUGCCCAGAUGAGGGCAGAUUGCCAUCAAAUAGGAAGCUUGAGGCGAAACUGCGAGAGCUGCAAGGUAUGAAGUGGCUUUAUGCAGACACGUUUUAUACCGAAGAGGAAUUCUGGUCGAUCUAUGAUCGUGAGGAGUAUGACUCACUCCGACAGAAGUACAGCGCCGAGUAUUUGCCGAAUGUCUGGCGUAAGGUCCGCACUGUUGUGCGGGAGCCGGCUCGUUCACACCCCGGCGUGAGGUCGUUGAGCAGCUACUUGCCUCACAGGAUGCUGCGGGACCUCAAUUUGUGGAGUCGUUGGCCACUUGUCGGCAUCACUGCCGUUCUGUCAUAUCUGCAAGGGCUCGAGUACCUCAAAGAUCCAGCUUGA